AUGCCUUCGUUCAAUCCCUUCAACGCUGUGACCGGACGUCAUAGCUAUAGCCUAUUCGACGUUAGGUUAGACGAUGAUUUCAUUGUCUUCCGCGGCAACGACCAAGAGUCCUCUGGACAGCUCCUCAAGGGCGUCGUGGUGCUAUGUCUCUCUUCACCUCUUCGCAUGGAGGACGUCCACCUCCGUCUGAUUGGAACCCUCCGCCUGCAGUACGGUCACAAGGUCCACCAUUCGCCUUAUUCCACACCAGGUGUCACGGGCCAAAGAGUCGACCGAACAAUCAACAUCCUUGACCACAAAUGGCCGGCCUUUGUUGGCACCCACGGCAAGAGCAUGACGCUCCCUGCUGGAAACUACGAAUAUCCUUUCGAAUAUACUCUGCCUGGAGACACUGCCGAGAGUGUCGAGGGCAUCCCCGAAGCAUCCAUUACAUACCGACUCAAGGCCACCGUCAGCCGCGGCAAGUUUGCCUACGACCUGCACGCUUACAAGCACCUCCGCAUUAUCCGAACACUCGAGCCUGGUGCGCUUGAGUUCCUGCACGCAAUGAGCGUCGAGAACAUCUGGCCUAACAAGAUUGAAUACUCCAUUGUGAUCCCUCAAAAGGCCGUAGUCUUUGGUGGCACCAUCAACAUGGAGAUGCGAUUUACCCCGCUACUAAAGGGCCUGGAACUGGGGGACAUUACAGCCAAGAUGGUCGAGAUACGAGACUGCUUCGUCCAGGGAGCUACCGGUCUCAACUUGCGAGAACACCGAACAGAGCGAGACGUUGCAUCUUGGAAGUUUGCGGUGGAUCGCGAAGAGCAUUGGCACGACAUGAUUGAAGAUAGCGGACAGGAGGGCUGGAUGUUAACCAAGCCCCUCGAACUGCCCAAGAAGCUACGCCAGUGUAUCCAGGAUCUGAACCACCACGGGAUCAGAGUAAGACACAAGAUUAAGCUCACCGUCGCUCUCAAGAACCCGGACGGACACAUUUCUGAGUUACGAGCGACACUUCCAGUCUCCAUCUUUAUCUCGCCCAAUAUCCCGUUUGACGAGCAAGGCAACCUGGUUAAUCAAGCUCCUGGUGGCGCGACUAUUGAAAAUGACCUUGGAUCAAUUGCGCCCCCCGGAUAUGGCGAACACGUACUCGACCAGCUCUACGACGAAGUGGAUGUAACCGGGUUUCAGACACCAGCUGUCCAUUCUGGAUUCAACAGCCCCUUUUAUGGACACUCACGGACGGGUUCCUCGGAAAACCUGGCAGCAUUUUCUCUCAGCGCAGCUAUCACGCCAGCAGCGCUUUCGUCUAGGCUGGCGGACGUCUCGCUGGAUCCGUCGCAGCGAAAUAGCUCUUACCAGUCCGUCCACAAUGCGUCAAGCCAUGCGUCUGGCAGAGCCUCGCCAACGCACGGUUCAAGCCAUGCAUCUCAGACUUCUCAAACCCCAGCUCACUUGAGCCGGACGAACAGCGAGGAGGAAGAAUCCAGCACCAGAAGCUCAGGGGAGCGGGCUCAGGUAGACGUUGCAGAAUUCGCCGAACUGAACCGAGUGCCCAGUUAUUCGACAGCAGUCAAGACGCCUGCGCGAUCUCGCACUCAAACAAACGUCUUUGUCCCCGACUACCAGACGGCUCUCAGCGCUCCUCGGACACCCCCGAAUCUUGAGCCCAGCAAUGACCCUCUCUCGACCAUCACCGAACAUACAAUUGGCGAGGGGCACUUGCAACAUGUUGCCAGAGCUCUUUCGCCUCCCAUGACUCGAUCUCACUCAGACGACACAACAUCGCAUAGGAGGUCUCUUCUAUUCCGCUCCAGAGACCAGACUGUCGUAGAGUAA